GGGCAUCUCUCACGUGACCAAACACAAACCCUCUCGGUGACACUUCCUGUCAGCGGUCCCAGUCGCCAUCACCAACAGCGGCUCUCGCUUUCUCUCCUCCGCGCUCAUCCUGUUCACGUCUCUUCCCCAUCCACACCCCGGUCCGCCAUCGUCCAUCCUCUAAUCCGCUUCUCCUCGUCCUUCUUUCUUUCUUCCUCCCCUCCCGCUCCGAUCGGCAUGGCGCCCGCCGACCCUUUCGCCGGGCGCACCGCCUCGAACUCCAUCUCGAAGCCUUCCCCAGCCCCCAUCCUCGCUGCUCUCUCCACCCACUCCCCGGCCUCAUCCACCCAUUCGCACUCAAAACCCUCUGUCCGCACUGCGUCCCCGUCUUCUGCAUCUACCGCCGUCAUUGAUGAUUGGUCCCAGUUCCUCGACGCAAUCCUGCAAGAACUCCACUGCUCAAUCGCCAAAUACGGCAUACCAUCAAACGACUUCUCCGUCCUGUCCUGUGGCUGCGUCGCCUCCGAGCAAUGGGCCCGAUCGCGACUGCCAAACCUCCAGCUUAAAGUCUGUCCGAACUGUGGCAAUCCGACCGAGCUGAAAAAACCGGUCGUGCCACUCAGAAAUAUCUACAACAUCGUCAUGGACAAGCGCAGGGAGUUGGGGCUGCCGAUACCGGAGGAAGUUGGCUCAGACGAAGAGCCUGAAGAUGAAGCAAAUCUGUUCCGACCCGAGGCUAUCAGCCGCCGCACUUCGUCCCGUAACGAGCCACGAUUGCCCGGAGUGUCUCGUCUUCGAGUAGACACUGGCAACGACUUUGGAAAUAUUGGUUCUGCUGACAGCGGUGAUUCCCUAAUUCGCAAAUCUUCCAGCUUAAGCGGUCAAUCGGAUCUCGUCGAUGGAAGCGCUGGCCGCGUAUCUCUAGAUCGACGUUCUUCCUCAACAAACAAUGGCGGCCCCGGCCUCUCGAAUUCCCUCCCCGUCAGCGGCGGCGGUGGCCCGCCCUCGCCGAAAAUGACCCUCGUCAGUCUUUUCUCGUCCGUCGCACGCCAAACAUUCAACAAUUCAUCAAGCGACUUGUCUCCUCGCGGCAGUGCAAUCCUGACUCCCACCGGCGGUCGACGAGAAACCAACGAGUACGAUAGCGUGAUGUCGUCUUCGUUCACGCCGCCUUCGUCGCUAAUUUCGCAGCCGUCGGCAUCCUACAAAUCCGGAUCCGGCGCGUUCUCGUCUCAGAUUUCGUCGUCGUCGUCUGGCAUUGAGCCAUGGCAGAUGUCGUCGCGCUCAGAUUUCGUGCCAAUAAUGAUGACCCCCGAAGACGAGUUGCGGGAAAAACAAUAUACAGAAAACUAUCCGCUUUAUCGCAAGGACCUGAGGUAUCCGACCCAGACAAGUCGGGGGUUCUCUAUGAUUCCACGUGGCAAGGUGUUUGAAGGAAGCGCUAUCUCACCCGACACUCGGACGUUUGCGCUAGUGGCUGAGAAGCGCUGGGAAGUGUACUCGAUCCCGACCUGCUUCAAAGUCGGGACUACACCGCAGCUGUUGUGUGUCGGUAAGAAUACGGGCGAGUAUGGAAUGUCGUGGGAUACGUGCACAAAGAGGGAUCCGGAUGAGUCGAUACGGAAUAUAAGUUGGGCGCAAAGCAUGGCUGCGAUGUCGAACAGGUUCUUGGUGAUUGCGGGAACGAAUGGCGUGGUGCGCGUGCAUGAUUUAGAAAAAGGCGGAAUGGCUGUCUUCACAGAGAUAUCAAAAGACCCAAUCCGGUGCGUUGCGAUCUCGGAAGACGGCAUAUUUCUUGCUUUCGCAGUCACGUCGCGCGACCUAGUCUCCGGAACCGAGCAACCGACGAUCGUUCUGCAUAACCUGAGCCACCUGCUCGGGAUCACAACCAGUAAAUCCAAGCCGAUGCUGAUCGACAUGCCCUACCGCGAUCCUCUCAAGACUCUCGCCUUUUCUCCCGACGGCAAACUACUCGGCUGCUCGACCGCGCUAGAGUCAAGGUUCAUGGUCAUCAAUCUGCACGACCCCAGCCAUCCCCGACUAGUCAUCCGGUCUUCGCGCAAGAUCGACCCAGCAUUAGAAUCCGAGGGUAUCACAUGUCUGCGGUUCUUCCCCGGCAACAGGCUAAUGGUCGUGGCCUCGGUCGCCUCGGACGCGCAUCCGAUCGUGGUCGAGAUCGUGAUGCCGAACAACGACCCUCCCUCGGCCAAGUUUUCGCGCGCAAUGUCCAGCAGCUCUUUCGGAUCCGGCAGUUUCCCGAGCCAAGACGACGACGACUACCGGAUUGGCACUUCUGCCGGCAGCGGCGGCGCGACCGGUGGCAGUUCCGCCGGCGGCAGCGGGAGCUUGCUCCAGCCGAAACUGCGCAGCCGGUUCCACGAAGUCGGGUCGACGAUCCACCAAGCCGCUGUCUCGCCGCGGGCCAACUCGGUCGCGCUUCUCGACCGCAACGGAACAGUCUACCUGACGCAUUUCCUGCGCGCCGAGUCCGAGCACCGGCGCGUGGUCGCGGUCGUGGACGUCACGAGCGCGAAUAAAAUCAGCGAGUGCGCGUCGAUGCGGUUCUCGCCCGACGGUCAGAAACUGAUCUUGGUCGACCGCAAAGGUAUCUUGUAUAUAGAGGAUUUCGGCGCCAAAGCCGAGCAUGGUGAGACUUUGAAGAAGUGUAGGAUUAUAAAGUGACGUGUUGCUCUUUCACAAUUUUUUUCAUUCCCAUUUUAUUGUUUUCACAACACUUUACUUCUGGAUUUUUUUCUCUUUCGAUGGCUGUUUUUUAUAGAAUUGUUUUAUUUAUUUUCUUGACGAGUGAUGAUUUUACUUACCAUUUAUGUCUCCUCCCCCUCUUACCUACUCUUCCUCUUCCUCCCCUUUUUUCUAUUCUUAUUUUGUAUUUUCUGUAUCUCCUCGGCGUUGGGUUACUUCUUAUUAUUUCUAAUCUAUCCAUUCAUCUUAUCUCUCCUUACCGUCCCACUACAUUAUUCUCGAUCUCCCGCGGUCCAUCUCAUUUCUUCCUUCGUCCCCUCUACUCACUCAUCUUUUCUCACGUUUGAAAUCGUUCUGGGAUGUUGUUACUUUUCAUUUCUAACACAUUUUAUCUCAUAUUGAACGAGUAGUCGUCGUAAUAAUCACUAUU